AUGGGUCGGCACGAAGAAAUGUCUCGACGAGAUGAGAAGAAGCGCCGAGAAGUGAAAGACGAACCGAGGAGCCCCCGCUCAUCACCGUCACCUAAGCGACAACGAGAAAGCCCACCACAUCGUAAGAGGAACGACUCACCAGCAUCUCGCCGAAAUCGCAGUCCGGACAGGAGGAGGCAACGAUCUCGCUCCCGUAGCCCUGAUCGUCGUGGGGAAGGCUCUUUGCGGCAAGCGUCAAGAAGCCACCGCAACGAUAGAGAAGAACGUAGACGCGAUGACAAUAGAGAUAGAGAUGGAUCAAGCCGAAAGCCGCAAGUGAAAGAGGAAGUGAAUCGUGAUGAUGGCAAUAAUGAAAAGUCAAAAUUGAGUGGAGACGCGUCAAAGAAAAAGGAGAUUUGGGGUAAACCAGAACAUUGGGAGAAACCAAAAGAAGAAGAAAUUCCGCCAGAAGAAAAGCAAAAAGUCAAUAUGGGACUCUCCGGAAAGCUUGCCGAAGACACGAACACAUUUCGAGGAGUCGUCAUCAAAUACAACGAGCCACCAGAAGCAAAAAUUCCUAAGACAAGAUGGCGUCUCUAUCCAUUCAAAGGAGAUGAAUCACUGCCAACUCUUUACAUUCAUCGUCAAUCGGCUUACCUGAUUGGACGUGAUCGUGUCGUAGCUGAUUUAGCGGUUGAUCAUCCAUCAUGCAGUAAACAACACGCCGUCAUACAAUACAGGAGUGUGCCAUUUACUCGGCCUGAUGGAACAAAAGGACGCGCUGUUCGACCAUACGUCAUCGAUCUCUCAAGUGGCAAUGGAACGUUCUUGAAUGGAGACAAGGUUGAUCCUCAAAGAUAUUAUGAGCUAAAAGAAAGAGAUGUGCUUAAAUUUGGAUUCUCUUCUCGAGAGUACGUCAUUCUCAACGAAAAUUCGGCUGACCGGGAGAGCGACGAUGAGGGCGGUGAAGGCAAUUCUCCCGACGAA